AUGCCGGGGGACCACCACAACAAUGAUCACAGCCGUGCCAGCGAGUACACGACACUAUUGCCAGCAACGCUGCGGCACCGGGUGACGAUCGCGCACGAAGGCGAGAGCGGCCGUAGCGGCUUCCACCCGCGGCACUUCUUCCACGUCCUAUGGCUGAGCUCGUGCACCAUAUCGAAAUGGGUCAACGUCCUGUGGCCGUUCGUGCCCGCCGCCUUUGUGAUGCACCUCCUCACGCGCGCCCACCUCUGGGCUUUUGCCGCGAGCUAUAUCGCGAUGAUACCUGCGGCCAAUCUGCUAGGCUUCGCUGGGCAGGAGUUUGCGAGGAAGAUGCCCAAGGUGGCUGGAAUCCUCAUCGAGACGACUUUCGGCUCCAUUGUGGAGAUCAUCUUGUUUGUCGUCCUAAUCGUGAAGCACGAUGUCGAGGAGGGCAAUGGCGAUGAGGGAAACCUUAUUCCGAUCAUCCAGGCGGCCAUCCUAGGCUCCAUCUUGACCAACCUGCUGCUCUGCCUGGGCCUCUGCUUCUUCUUCGGCGGCGUGCGGUGGACUACGCAGAAGUUCCACCCCAUUGUGUCCGAAGUGGGAUCAGGGCUGCUGCUAGUCGCCGCCUUUGCCCUGCUCAUCCCCAGUGCCUUCUACUCGGCCCUCAAGUCCGAGACCGUGCCGGAUGUGCUCGGUGCGCUGCAUGAGAGGUUUACGGAGGGAAAGCUACAGGAUGACGUCCUCCGCAUCAGCCAGACAACGUCCAUCGUGCUCAUUAUUGCCUUCUUCCUGUACAUCUGGUACUGUGCGAGCAGCCAGCACAGCAUCUUCGAUGAGGUGAUUGAGAUGGAUGAGCACAACGAUGCGGACCGAGAGGCUGAUGAGGCCAAGCCCAAGUUUACCAUGACGGAGACUGUCAUUGCGCUGGCUACCUCCAUUGUUGUCGUGACUCUGCUGCUGAUAUUCCUAGUCGACAACAUUGAGCAUGUCGUGGAGAGUGGCGUGCCCGACCAGUUCCUGGGUCUGAUCCUGCUGCCGCUUGUUGAGAAGGCUGCAGAGCAUCUUACGGCCGUCGACGAGGCAUGGGAUGGCGUCAUCAACGUUGCUCUCUACCAUUGUCUGGGGCCCUCCAUCCAGACCGCCCUCUUCAACGGUCCUUUGGUAGUCCUCAUCGGAUGGGCCCUUGGCAAGCCCAUGGACCUCAAUUUCGAGAUCUUCAUGAUCGCCUUGCUCGUGUUGUCGAUACUGGCGGUUGGCAACUUCCUACGCGAUGGCGAGAGCAACUGGCUAGAAGGGGCACUUCUCGUGGUCGUCUAUGUUGUUGUUGCCAUCGCUUCUUGGUAUUAUCCCAAUCCGGAUGUUGCAACUACCAACGGCAUUGAGGACAUCGUGUCCAAGAACGUGACACUCAGCGUUGAGGUGUUGCAGCAGAUUCAACAGCUUCUGCAGCAACAGUUACAACAAUAG